CGCAGCGACGUCACGCCGGCGGCGCCUGCGCAACGGGGCGCGCGGGCUGCCCGGCGGCGGCCAUGGGGGCGGCGGCGGCCGAGGCGGACCGGACCCUGUUCGUGGGGAACCUGGACCCCAAGGUCACCGAGGAGCUCAUCUUCGAGCUGUUCCACCAGGCAGGCCCGGUGAUUAAGGUUAAAAUCCCGAAGGACAGAGACGGGCGGCCCAAGCAGUUCGCGUUCGUGAACUUCAAGCACGAGGAGUCCGUGCCCUACGGGCUGAGCCUGCUGAACGGGAUCAAGCUCUACGGGCGGCCCAUCAAGAUCCAGUUCCGAUCAGGGAGCAGUCAUGCCUCUCAGGAUGGCAACCCGUCCUGUUCCCCGCACGGAGCCGCCAGCACUAGCCCCUCCGGCGCGCCGCACCCCGCAUCCAACUGCAGCAGAUACGACAGGAGUCCUGAUGGUAUGGGAGCAGCGGGAUUCUCGUCGGCACAGCGGUCUCUGCCCUCUGCUGAUAACCUUCAGAGACAAGCGGUGAUGAAAAGCGCCGCGUGGCAGCCGCCCCCGUUCGGGGGGAAGUAUGAGCAGCCCGCCUUCCCCCUGCCCGGCUACCCACCAGCUCCUCACGCCUUCCACCCGGCCCCACAAAUGCCGCGGCGACCGGAGCCGCCGCGCAAGGGCCGGCUGAGCACCCACCCCUACCACCCCGAGGGCAGGCACUUCGGCCGCGAGCAGCGCUUCGGGGAGCGGGGACCCGACUACGGCCGUGGCAAGAGGGAGGAAUACGGCUACGAGGAGCGGGGCCACGAUGGCGAGCACCACUACCGGGCGGGCAGAGAGGAACCCGCCUACGUAGACAGGCACCGGGACGGUUGGAGCCAUGACUACGACUACCGGAGGGAGGGCUACAGAGAGGCCAAGUGGCACCCGUCGCGGCAUUAAUUAACCCCCCUGCACUGGGCUUGAAAGAACUUGAUGGCAAAGAGAGUUCGAUCUGUUUCUCACGGAGUCUACGUAUAAAAAAAACCCCCCAAACC